CUUCUUGUUUUACAUUGCAAAAGGAGAAUUACAACCUUCCCACCUGGCAACCUCGUUCACCUCCACUGUAAACAUCAGAGCAGGCACGGUCCUCCGUAAUCCAAACCAUGACAACAACGUGACCAAUGGACCACAGCAAGUUCGGAGCUAGAUCAUGAAUGACAAACUAGUCUUCUUGGGCCUGCUGUACUUUGUCCAGGGUAUCCCCUACGGUCUGCAAUCCUCCCUGCUACCUGUCUAUCUGCGUGGAGCUGGCCAUUCCCUGACACGCAUUGGCUUCACCAAGAUCCUCUAUUUCCCAUGGGUCCUCAAGGUGCUUUGGGCUCCUUUGGUCGACAGGAUUGGCACAAAGCGCCGGUGGCUGGUGGCGACAGUGUCUGGACUGGCACUGACAUGCCUCUUCAGUUCUGUUCUUGCGCCAGAGAUGCACAUUUGGGGAGUAGCAGGGACCCUGCUUGCCAUGAACACCCUGGCCUCGGUUCAAGACAUUGCAGUGGAUGGUGCAGCCGUGGGGCUGUUGAAAGGUCGCGGGGAGCUGGGAUUGGGUAACACGGCCCAAGUUGUGGGCUACAAAGCUGGAUCGUUGUUUGCCGGAGGCGGGCUGCUGGCUGUGAUUGACGUGGCCGGGUGGAGUUGGAUGUUUUUGCUGCUAACUUUCGUGUACGCAGGUGUGGCCCUGUUUGUUUGGGGAGCUCCUGUGUUGGAUGAGGAAACUUUGAGGGGCCAGCAGGCGGAUGGUGGCAAAAGAGGAGGACAGGUAGUUGAUGCUAUGAGGCCAUGGAGUGUGUGGAGGAAGAUGCUGGCAGUCCCGGGCACUACUUGGACGGUCCUCUACGUGCUCACAUACAAACUGGGUGAGCAGGGUGCAGUCACUAUGUUUCCCUUGUUUCUUUUGGAUCACCACAUGACCGCCAGGGAGCUUGGCUUCUGGAACGGCGUCAUCGCCAUGGGUUUCUCCAUCUGUGGGUCAUCACUGGGAGGCUUGCUGCUCGCUCAGUUCAGCAUUGGUGCUCUGAUGCGCCGGGUUUUUGUCUUGCGGACUGUCAGUAUGGUCUUCCAAAGCUCUUUACUCACUGUGCUGGAACCGUCGCCACUCAUGAAAGGUAUGGCCAUCUUGAGUAUGAGCGCUCAGCACUUCCUGGGUGGUCUGAUCACCACGCUCACCUUUACGACCAUGAUGCAUUGCACUCAAAGGGCUGAGGAGAGCAUACAGGCAACCCACUACAGUUUUCUGGCCACUCUGGAGGUGCUGGGCAAGCUGACGUUCAGUGCUCUGGCCGGGUGUGUGGUGGACUGGUUUGGUUACCAAGUGGCCUUCCUCCUCUUCCUCACCCUCUCUGCUGGAACGGCCUUGCACGUGUGGACGGCGACCUUCACUGGUGCUCUCAGGGAACACCAACUCAAAGAGCAGCCGAAAUAAGUAUCAAGAUUUGGGCUCUAAGGCGUUUGGCUAAGUCCACACACAGGUAUUUUCAAAAUGUAUAAUGUAGUGUGUCACAUCUGCCAGCUUAGAAAUAUGUACAGUAUAUCGUACGGCGUGUUAAAAAAUUUGAAAUGUAAUCAUUAAUUGCUCAAAAAAAAAUUGAUGCACACAAGGCAUUGUAACACCAUUACGACAAUUGGAGAUAAAAUCUAACUAUUUACAGAUUAAAUAUUUAAAUGAGAUAAUUAAAAAAGUCUUUAACCUGGCUGUAGUUGUCUGAAAGCUUUGGUCGAAAUUUAAUAAAAAUAAGUACUUUUGAAAACUUACAUGUUUGUGGACGUGGUCAUAACAGGUGCUUUAAAGUCUUAAAAACAUGGCUGCUAGUAUCCAGAUGAACGUGGAUAUUAAAAAGAACCUUCAAAAAUGUUGUGACAUUGAAAUUAGUAUAUUUUUUAAAGAGACAUUUCUCUGUAACCCGUUUUAUUUUCUUAGCAAAUUCACUACAGUGUAAAAAAAAAACAUUGUGUGACAAGAGUGAUGAUUUUGCGUUAUUAGCGGAGGUUUGUGGUCUUACUGUACUCACUGUGCUGACAGUUGAGAUCCAGCAAAUUACAGCUCUUUAACUAAGCGAAGUAUUUUAUUUUUUAAUAGUCUUAACAUUAAGAGCUCUAGCCAAAAGCAAUAUUGCAAGCCUCCCUUGUGAUGCUCUAUGUAUGAAUAUGCAUUUAUCAUUUCUGUGGAUUACGGUUGUAGUAAUUGAGUGUACUACCUCGUAUCGACAAUGUAUGGUAAGACACACAAAAUGUGAAGUAACAGACGCACAAUGUUAACAAAGCAGCAACUGUCCACCAGAGAGGGUGUGUAGGAUGUCCAGAUGUAAAAAAAAAAAAAAAAGAGCAUUGCUUGACAGAUACUCAACUUGUAAGUUUGAGUCUGCACCUUCAGCUGUAGCACAACUCAACUUAUCACACUGCAUGGUGCCAUCUUAGAGACAUCUCAAUCAACUCAGCAAUAAGCCUGUUCUUUGAAACUUGAAAGACCGUUGUUACCCUUUUUUGUUACCUAAGGUUUGUUGGUUUAUCUUUUAAAAAAAAUAAAAAUAAGUGCACUGUAAUAUGUAAAAUGUCUUGUAACCCUCCACGGUACUGUAUACAAUGUAACUUGUCAGGCUUACCUGGGAUGUUUUCCUCGGAGGCUAAAAGUAAUGCAAACAAAUGUAUCAUAGCAAAGUUAGUCUUAGCUCUAAAGUCAGGAUUCAUUCUUAAAGUCAACUGCUUUUACAGCACAACGUUAAUGCAUGUCUACAAAGGAGUUUAAAGACAACAUUGAAAAUAAAUCAUAUAUAAUGACAAAAGUAGAAAUGACGUAAUACUAGGAGGGGAAAGUAUGACUUGUAUAUAUUUAUAUUAUGUGGAAAAAAAUUAGAAUAUAAGAAUUUGCCCACUUUAAGUAUAAAGUUUCACAAACAAUAAAACACUUGUUUAGUAUUUCUCCAUGUAUUGCAGCUGUUUCCCACAGUCCAAACACAUGCAUGCUAGUUUAAUUGGAGACACUAAAUUGUCCAUUGGUGUAGGGAUGGGCACUGUUCACAUUAGAAUCGAUACUCUACCAAUUAUCAGUACCUUAGACUCGAUGCCGGUACUUAACUGUUCCAUUUGUCUGUACCUUUGGGUCUGUUCAUGUUCGUUUAAUAAUACAAUUUCAUUUUUUUUAACAGUGAGUUGACAAUAACUGUGCUGUCCAGUUGUUAUAUUGUGAUUUCUUAGACUUCUGAAUCUCAUUUGCACAUAUUAUAUAGUAGACCUUGCCAUUUCAAAACGUUACAUGGCAGUAGUGUAUAGCCUACAGUGUGUUGACUAGCUAGAAAGUCAUCUUUGCCAUUAACUUGAUAGUCUUCUGUUGCACCCUAGAAAGUGUUAAUACUGUAAAUAUUGUACUUAUUACACAUCACAUGUUUGAUUGUAACGUGCAUCUUAGUUGUUGUUUUCAUUACCAAAAUUGGAGGUGUUAAAAAUCACCAUGAAAAAUGGCUAAUCAGUAGCAUGCAUACUUGCCAACCUUGAGACCUCCGAUUUCGGGAGAUGGGGGGGUCCUGUAUGGCUGUUGAUCAAGUAUGCCUUGCAAUCACUUGUGUGUGUGUGUAAAAGCCAUAUAUAUUGUGUGACUGGGCCGGCACGCUGUUUGAAUGGAGGCAAAGCGGAGGCUAUAGGCAGGGCCUUCCAGGCACGCCCCCAUUAUUGUUGUACGGGUGGAAAUCGGGAGAAAUUCGGGACAAUGGUUGCCCCGGGAGAUUUUCGGGAGGGGCACUGAAAUUUGGGAGUCUCUCGGGAAAAUCGGGAGGGUUGGCAAGUAUGGUAGCAUGUCCAAUAUAAAUUAGUAUCGAGCUCGCACAUUUUGAUUAUCAAUCAAUCAAUCAAUGUUUAUUUAUAUAGCCCUAAAUCACAAGUGUCUCAAAGGGCUGCACAAGCCACAACGACAUCCUCGGUACAAAGCCCACAUAAGGGCAAGGAAAAAGUCACCCCAGUGGGACGUCAAUGUGAAUGACUAUGAGAAACCUUGGAGAGGACCGCAUAUGUGGGUAACCCCCCCCCCCCCUCUAGGGGAAAUUAGUGGAGCUUACUGUACAUUCAAGUAUUUUCUAUCAGGCAUACUUGCUUUGUUGGUAUAGAAAAUUACAACAACAAGAGGCAGUCCGACUAAGUCUCUUCUGAGUGCUGCUUGAGUGCUUGUUUGCCCACCAAGUCUGCAACCGGACGGGACGUCACGUGCAACGAAGGUAUAAAAUACGACACCGUUUGAUUUUAUGUGAAUUGAUAUCUAGUAGAAUUCUGAAUUCAGUCGGUGAUGAUAAAAGUACAGAUUGGUACCCAUCCCUACACAGGUGUGAACGUGAGUGUGAAUUACUGUUUGUCUACAUGUGUUCUGUGAUAUCAGCUGGGACAAGCUCCAGCUCACCCGUGACCUGGAAUAGGAUACAUGGUGAAAAAAAAAAAAAGAAUUAUAUUUGGCCAGCCUCAGCAACUGCUCAGCUGCUAUAUUAUUGAUUUUGAAAAAAAAAAACCCUGCUUGUUGUGCUUUGGCCAUAAUACUUGUUUGUAGACAUCACGCCUACAAUUACUAUCGUUCCGUCAGUAAUCCUCUGACUUGUUGCAAAGCACAUCUCUUAGCUCAACUAUUGUCAGGUUUGCACAUAAAUAAAAUAAAGAAAACCACUGGGAGAAUUUGGCAAUUUUGUGUUUUUUAUUGUAGUGGUAUUUGUCUGAGUGGACAGAUCCCGUGGGGUCUUAAUGGAAGAAGACUUGAAUGUGGUGUCUGUACAGUGUGGCUGCCUGAGGGCCACAGGGCUGGAUAGGUUCUAUGUCACAGCAUCCACAUCCCAUGCAGCUCUAAUGACACAACAAAUGCUGUAAAGGGGGAUUAGGCAGGCUUACAC